CACGACCACCUACCCCACUCCGUCUCCCACCGCCGCACCGCACCGCUACAGGCAGCCUAUGCGCUCGCAUCCCGUUCCCACCCUGGCCGCCCGCCUCCUCUCCCUCUCUUCCUCCACCCGUCUCGUCCAUCGCGCCAUGGCCUCCACCGCCGCCGCGCAGGCAGGUGGUGUGGCGGCGGCGGCGGAGUACGAGGAGGUGCUGGGGCGCCUGUCGUCGCUCAUCACGCAGAAGGUGCGCGCGCACAGCGGCAACCGCGGCAACCAGUGGGACCUCAUGGCACACUACCUCAAGAUUCUGGAGCUGGAGGAGCCGAUCGCGCGGAUGAGGGUGAUUCACGUCGCAGGGACCAAAGGAAAGGGCUCAACAUGCACAUUCACAGAGUCUAUCCUGCGAUCCUGUGGUUUCCACACUGGGCUGUUCACAUCGCCACAUUUGAUGGAUGUCAGGGAGCGAUUCCGGCUAGAUGGGGCGGAUAUUUCUGAAGAAAAAUUUUUGAAGUACUUUUGGUGGUGCUGGAAUAAGUUGAAGGAGAAGACUGAUGAUGAUAUUCCCAUGCCAGCCUAUUUCAGGUUCCUCGCAUUGCUCGCAUUCAAGAUAUUUUCAGCUGAGCAGGUAGAUGUUGCUGUUCUCGAGGUUGGACUAGGAGGGAAGUUUGACGCGACUAAUGUGGUUGAAGCACCUGUAGUCUGUGGGAUAUCUUCCCUUGGAUAUGAUCAUAUGGAGAUUCUUGGAAAUACGCUUGGGGAGAUUGCCGGGGAGAAGGCUGGGAUAUUCAAGAAAGGAGUUCUGGCCUAUACUGCCCCACAGCCAGAAGAGGCUAUGAUUUCGCUCAAACAAAGAGCUUCGGAGUUGGGUAUUUCACUCCAAGUAGCUGAUCCUUUGGAACCCCAUCAAUUAAAAGAUCAACAUCUUGGACUGCAUGGUGAACACCAAUAUAUGAAUGCUGGCCUUGCAGUUGCUUUGGCUAGUACGUGGCUUGAGAAGCAGGGACAUAAGGACAUGAUACCACUCAACUGUACUGAUCCCUUACCAGAUCAUUUUAUUAGAGGACUAUCAAGUGCUUCUUUGCAAGGUCGAGCACAGAUUGUUCCAGAUUUACAUGUGAACUCAGAAGAGGAGGACAAAGAUUGUUCUUUGGUUUUCUAUUUGGAUGGGGCACACAGUCCAGAAAGUAUGGAAAUAUGUGCCAAGUGGUUUUCCCAUGUCACAAAGGAUGAUAGAAGACUACCAUCUUCCGCGGAGCAGUCUCAGACUUGUGGUAACUCUCGAAAGAUCCUCCUGUUCAAUUGCAUGUCUGUGAGAGAUCCUAUGAGACUGCUUCCGCAUCUCCUGGAUGCAUCAACUCAAAAUGGAGUCCACUUUGAUCUGGCCCUAUUUGUGCCAAACCAAUCGCAAUACAAUAAGCUUGGUUCUAAUGCAUCAGCACCUGCGGAGCCUGAGCAAAUUGAUUUAUCAUGGCAGUUGUCGCUCCAAACAGUGUGGGAGAAGUUACUUCAGGAUAAAGGCUUAAAUAGUACAAAUUCCAGAGAGAAUACUCAAGUUUUUGAAUCGCUUCCACUAGCAAUUGAGUGGCUAAGGGAGAAUGCCCGAGAAAACCGAUCUACUUCUUUUCAGGUCUUGGUUACUGGCUCCCUGCAUCUCAUUGGUGAUGUCUUGAGACUUAUCAAGAAGUGAUCAAUUUUGAAAUGAUACACAACUUGAGGUUCAAACUGGAGCCGUAGAUUAUGAGCUAUAAGCUGCAGCUUUUCAUGGUGUAUCUAUGAUAUCUCCCACAUGAUAUGCGAGAGCAGAAAAACUAACCAGGCUUCGAGCUUCUUGAUGUCACAUUGUGUGUUUUCAGGCCACCGUUGCCAACUUAUAGCCUUUUUUACUCGGGAAACUGUUAUGGAACUCAGAAUGUAGAGGCAUGAACAAGAUGAUAUUGAUCAUGCCAUGAUUGAAUUUAAUUGAGAUAUCGACAUGAUUCUCGAUCAAUCUGUAUACUUAUCAAUAAUACAUGCAUGGGUGUUCUCCAAGUA